GUCCGAAACACUACCCACAGUGCCCUCAUCCAUCUCUCUCUAGAUUCUCUCUCUAAAAAGCCAGAAAACAAAAAGAACGGAGAGAAUGUGAGCUUGACUAGGCGUUGGAGAGAGAGACAGAUAAGAGUGCGUCUGUGUGAAGUGCAAAGCAUUUCGAAGAAGCCACAAUGCUCAAACACAUUGUACUGCUCCUCACGUUCUUCUUAGCUCUCCGACCUUCGUAUCCUCGACCUGCACCAUAUGCUAUGCGAAUAAGCUGUGGAGCUCGCGACAAUAUCCAUUCUCCUCCAACCAAUACACUCUGGUUCAAAGACUUUGCAUAUACAGGAGGAAUACCUGUUAAUGCAACACGCCCAAGUUUUAUCACUCCUGCGCUUCCUACGCUUCGCUAUUUUCCUCUGUCUGAGGGUCCUGAAAAUUGCUAUAUUAUUAACAGAGUGCCCCAUGGCCAUUAUUUAGUUAGAAUCUUUCUUGGAUUGGUUGCAGAACCUAAUUUUGACAAUGAACCUCUAUUUGAUGUUUCCAUUGAAGGAACUCAGAUAUAUUCUUUGAGAUCAGGUUGGAGCAACCAUGAUGAUGAACAAGCGUUUGUUGAAGCUUUUGUGUUUCUUACAGAUGGCUCCGCCUCUCUUUGCUUUCAUAGCACUGGUCAUGGAGAUCCAGCCAUAAUUGCUAUUGAGAUUCUCGAGGUUGAUGAAAGAGCAUACUAUUACGGUCCAGAUUGGGGUCAAGGGAUAAUCUUAAGAACAGACAGAAGACUGAGUUGUGGUGCUGAGAAAGCAAAAUUUGGUGAAGACUAUAGCGGGGACCGCUGGGGUGGGGAUAGAUUCUGGAAUUCCAUGACAACUUUUGGUCAAAGUUCUGAUCGUACCACAUCUACCAAAAAUAGCAUCAAGAAGGCCUCAAAUUCACCAAAUUUUUAUCCUGAAGCUCUUUAUCAGACUGCUCUUAUCAGUACUGAUCAUCAACCAGAUUUAGAAUACACUAUGGAUGUGGAUCCCAAUAGAAACUACUCCAUUUGGUUGCACUUUGCAGAGAUUGAUCCUUCAGUCACUGGAGUAGGACAGAGAGUAUUUGACAUCGUAAUAAAUGGUGAUGUUGCAUUUCAAGAUGUUGACAUUGUGAAAUUGAGUGGAGAUAUUUACAGUGCUCUUGUACUGAACAAGACUAUUGCUGUUAAUGGGAGGACUUUAACAAUAACUAUGCACCCUACAAAAGGUGGCCAUGCGAUAAUCAAUGCAAUUGAAAUAUUUGAGGUUGUUUUGGCUGAAUCUAAAACUUUACCAGAUGAAGUUAAAGCUAUGCAGACAUUGAAGAAAGCAUUGGGGCUUCCUCUUCGUUUUGGGUGGAAUGGUGAUCCAUGUGUUCCUCAACAACAUCCCUGGAGUGGAGCAGAUUGUCAAUUUGACAGUACUCGUAGUAAAUGGUUCAUUGAAGGGCUUGGUCUUGACAAUCAAGGUCUGAGGGGCUUCUUGCCAAAUGAGAUAUCUGGACUGCACCAGCUGCAGAGCAUAAACUUGAGUGGAAACAGCAUUCAAGGGACCAUUCCGUCUUCUCUCGGAACAAUAACUAGCUUAGUGAUACUGGACCUCUCCUACAAUUUUUUCAAUGGAUCAAUUCCUGAAAGCCUUGGACAGUUAACAUCUUUACAGAGACUGAAUCUCAACGGCAAUUCCCUCCACGGAAGAGUCCCAGCAGCACUAGGAGGAAGGCUUUUACACAGGGCAAGCUUCAAUUUUACUGACAAUUCAGGUCUUUGUGGAAUUCCUGGACUACCAACAUGUGGGCCCCACCUUUCCUCUGGUGCAAAAAUUGGCAUUGGGUUAGGCGCAAGUGUGGCAUUGCUCCUCAUUUGUACCUGCUUAACGUGUUGGUGGAAAAGGCGGCAGAAUAUUCUCCGAGCUCAGAGAAUUGCAGCGAGAGAUGCUCCGUAUGCAAAAGCAAGGACCCAGUUCUCCCGUGAUGUGCAAAUGGCCAGGCAUCAUGGUCAUGAAAAUGCUCGAACUGCUGCAGAAAAUGGGCCGAGCUUGCUUGCUUAAAAACUUGAUCAUAACUGUGAGAUAUGAUGCAAUUAAAAUUCAGUCCCGUUUUGGUGGCUGCAUCAUGAGUAUGUUGCAGAACACGAAGAGCCAUAGCAGUUUGUUUCAUUUGGCUCUGUAGUUCACAUUCAUCUUGUUUUAUUACCUAGGAAUGUGCUUCCGUUUGCUUCAAAGUCUUGUUUGUCAAUCCCAAACCCAGAAUCACUUCUAAAAGGUCAGAUCCCUCUUCGACAGGCUAUGUAGGACUAAUGUAGAAUCUUGUAUAUCACUCCCAUUCUUCUCUCAGUUUUGGCAAAAUGUGUGAUAACUUAUGAAAAACUUAAUUUAUAUAUACAAAGGAACUAAGCAGAUUAUGUCUUGGUAUC